AUGAAACAUUCCGCCUCUUCCGCUAUUGCGCACCGCAUUUUGCCUCUGCGUUGUUAUGGCAGGAAAGAAAUGCACCUCCGGGAGCUGUACCACAUGCUGGAGGCCUGGGAGGCCAUGCGCCUUGGGAAGGACGCACAGAUAGCAGCCCUCAUGGAGAGGUGUCGACGAGUGGAUCAGGAGAGGAUGGCUUCGGAUAGAUUAGAGGGGGCGGGGUUUCACAGCAGCAGUCGGGCGGCGACCGGGUCUGCCGGCCCGUUCCUGCACUGCCGCGCUGGGUCGCCAACCAGCACCCAGUCAUGA